GUAACCAACAGCUGCAGUCAAUUUUGGAAUUAAACAACUCAACAAGUUGCCUUCGCAUAUCCCGCACACACACACACACACAAUCAUUAUGAAGUACAUUGUUUUGGUCGUUUUCCUUUGCCUCGCUGCUGUGGCUUUGGUGUCUGCGGUGCCCGUGGAUGAGACGCUGCAAGGUGACAACAUCUACAGCGAGUCGGAUGUCCACAAUCCUCACGAUCCUCAGGCUAUCUUUAAGCUGAAGAAGAUCAAGAAGCUGCUGCUCGGUUAAGCUCUGAAGCCAUAUUCAUCAGACUUGUUCAAGUCUUGUCUAGUCUACGUACAAACCACAAACACACACACAUAAACGCACACACACACAAUAAACUGGGAACUUCGCCUCUUCGCUUUAGCCUAGGCACUGCGCUGCACCAACCUUAGAGAUAAAUUCAGUUCACCGCUACAAAAUAAAUGGAUAAACAUAUAAAACACAAAAAUGCAGCAGUUUUACAUGAGUAUUUACGAAAUCUAAAUUAAUUAAAUAAAUCACAAAAAGAGAAA